GCGAGAAGAAGAGAAAGUGCAAGACAAGAAGAAUAAAACCCAAAAGAAAGAAAAGGAGAGGAGGCAGAGAUGAAGUUGGAGGGAUUGCUGCUCAGUCUUAUAUUGUCCCUGUCUUUCAGGGGCAGCUGGGGAGCUCCCGUGGAUGGUGAAGAGCCUGGAGACUUGGCUGCUGGGGGAAACAUUGGUGGAGGGUUAGAGGAGGCUGUCAAACAUGGCUUAGGAGAGGCUGCCAAACAUGGGCUGGAGGAAGCCGUUGACCACGGAGUUAGGGAAGCUGCUGGCCCUGGGGUUGGGCAUUCAAUUGGUCACGGGGUGCAGGAUGCAGGUAAUGCCAUCAGUCAUGCUGGGAGUUCUGCAGACAAAGACAUCAGUAACGCUGGUGGGGCCCUCAGUCAUGGAAUUGGUGGCCCUCAUCGUCCAUUGCUGGGGAUCCCUCAUGGGGCCAGCCAUACUAAUGUGCAUGGUGGCCAGCCUUCAUCUGGAGGGCAUGGAGCCUCUGGAACCAGCAGCUCCCAUACUGGUCAUGGGCUCUUGGGAGGGCAUGGAAACACAAGCCCCAGUGGAACUGGCUCUCAUGGAGCUCCACAGGGCCAAGGACAUCAUGGAGGCCUGGGAAGCCACCCUGGGGGCCAUGCUCAAGGAAGUCAGGGUGGCUCAGCUGGCCAGGGGACCAGUUCUCAGGGGAGUAAUUCAGGCAAUGGGAAGCCGGUAGAGAGGAGCAGCAGCCAGGAAACAGGGUGCACCAACCCCUCAUCCUCUGGGUCAAAUGGCGGAAGUGCCUCUGGGGGAGGCAGCAGCUCAUCCUCAGGAUCUGGUAGCAGUGUCAGCACGACUCCAGUCCCUUAUGCAAACUCUCCAAAGGAAACAAGCCCAGAAGCAACCACUAACAUAAACAGGAACAACCAGGGGUCUACAUCAUCAUCAUCUUCUGGCAAUGGUGGGAAUAGUGGAGGUAGAAGCACUGAAGGGUGUGAGCAUACAGGCAGCGGAAAUCAGGGAAGCAGCUCUCAUAACAACGGACAGACUGGACAGGGCUCUGAGAACGGAUCUAAUGGCUGGGGAUCUGGCUCAUCAUCAUCAUCUCCAACAGGAGGGAGUGGAGGUUCUGGUUUUGCAUCUGGUUCUAACACAGCUGGAGGAGGAAUAGGAGAAACUGAAGUCAACAGCGGAAAUGGUGUUUAUAAUGCUCCCAAUGCUCAAGGCUUCUUCAACUUUGAUACGUUCUGGAAGAAUUUUAAGUCCAAGCUGGGCUUUAUUAACUGGGAUGCCAUAAACAAGGACCAGAGGAGCUUUCGCAUCCCGUGAUUUCCAGAUGAGGAGUUGCCAGAUGGAUGGGACCCUCAGGCCCCACUCCCAAAUCCCCUAAAAUGAGAACAUCCCCAUCUCCUUUAAAUAAACCACAGCUCCCCUGUACUCCCGGUCUCUGCUCUUUCUUGCCGCCUUUUUAAUGUUUAAGGGGGAGAGGGCUGGAGGGGAAGAGUGAGGUGCCAAGAUUUGGGAUGGGGAGCUGGGGUCAACAGUGGAGGAAAGCACUGGGCAGAGAGGUCUCACCACUGAGCUCUCCCUCUAGGACUUAUUCCUUUUACAAUGGAGAGGUGUUGGGGGGGGGGAAUCCAAAGCAAAGAAUGUGGGUGAUGAGUGUGGGAUAAUAGUGCUGUCUGCCUUGGCCUCUCCCAUCUUCCUUUCCACUUCACUGCCCAGAACUGAGGUUCCUAUAUUCAUUCAGUCCACCACCUCUCCCUUAAAGGCUCCAAGCUGUCUGUGUAUCCAACUCCUCCUAAGUCUUAUGAAAGUCUUAUGAAAGACUGUUGAUGGAAUGGGGUAUUGGGGAAUGGGGGGGGUGUGUGUGUGUGUGUGUGUAUGUGUGUGUGUGUGUUGGGGGGGCAAGAAAUCUCAGGGAAAACCACAUAUAUUGUCCUGAAAGGAGUAGGGAGUAGGGCUCCCCACUAAUUUGCU